AUGCAAAAUGGCGGCCACGGGAGAGGGGGCUGCUGAGAUGGACUGCAUCUCAAGAGUUUCCUUGGCCCAUCCCACCGUCCUCAGCCUGGGAGGGAGCUCAGAACCCCGGGGAGAGCCUGGCGAGACUGCCUCUGAGGGCCAGGAGGUUGUGACUGCGGCGCCCAAGAAGCCCAUCAACAGCAGUGAUGGUGGGGUGGAGACUGCAGAGGAGGCCGUAGAGCCAGCAGAGCCAGACAUCAAUGAACUCUGUACAGACAUGUUCGAUAAGAUGGCUGUCUUCCUACAAGGAGAACUCACUGGCACCUGUGAGGACUACCAUCUGCUGGAGAACAUGAACAAGCUGACAAGUCUGAAGUACAUGGAGAUGAAAGACAUCAGCAUCAACAUCAGCAGGAACCUGCAGGACCUCAACCAUAAAUACGCCAGCCUGCAGCCCUACUUAGACCAGAUAAAUCAAAUAGAGGAACAAGUGUCUUCUCUGGAGCAGGCUGCUUACAAACUGGACACCUACUCCAAGAAGCUGGAGGCCAAGUUCAAAAAACUGGAGAAGCGAUGAAGAGGAGGAUUAUGGGAGGAGGAAGAGGGAUUGUUGUAGGCCUGAGGGUUACUGGUCCUCCUUCACCCAAGCUGUAGACCAAACCUAACAUAUGAUCUGAGGAAGCAGACCCACCUCUACAACAUCAGCCUGAUAUACAGAGGAAUGGGGCAGCCUGGGGUUGGUCGGAGGAAUAUCCCAGAUGUUACACUUAGCAUUAUCAUUUUGGUCGGAUCAUUUAAGUUGCAUCUUAAUACCAGGUGUAGAUGGUGCUUUGAGUAGUUUGUGUCCAUAUUCCUGUUAACAUUCCAGGUCACUGUCAGUCCGGGCAAAAUUGCUAUUCACUUCCUGGAUUUACUGAGUUUAUCCUGAAUUGUCCCCUGCCGGGUGCACACUACUGUAGAUUCACCACCCUCCUAACCUAGAAGUUAGUUACACAGAUGACAACCAAAUUCACUUUGAAGGACUUUAGCUUCUUUAAAUGUUUUCCUGUGCUGCUGGCAUUACUGAAUUAACAUGACAAAAUUACCUUUAUAUUUCGUUGAUUUGUGUGAAUACUACUGUUUCUUAAAAUCAUUGUCAUACAUGUGAUUGUAGCAUGUGUAAAAUGUAUCAUCCAAAAACAUUAACUUUGAACUGAAAAUACAUUUAUCAAAGAAACUGAUGUCAUUUCACCAGUAGAUGGCAGCGGUACUCCAUGUUCA